GUGAGCGUAUGUUAAGGCCUAUUGGGUGUACAUACAUCUGCGCAUGCACAUGCUUUGUAUCUAAGGUUGUCUAGACAGUGGAUUUGAACUUUCUCGUUGUUUUCUUGGUCGGAUUCUCUGGAUCUGCAGACUUCUGGGAGCUGACGACGCGCGCGUCGCCUCUCUCAGCUUCUUUCUGUCUCUCCCUCGUUUUUGCAUGUUUGUUUUCUCGCUUGUCAGGCGAUGUUCUGAGACGAGGGGGGUGCUGACUCUGAACAUUUGACGGUCCUUUCUCGAAAGUAUGGGCGUUUUUGGCUCUCUUGUUUGCCAAGGUGACCUCCCAACUCUCCAGUUCUUUUCCUCUCUCGCCUUACAACCAAGACAUGCGAUGCAUCCGGUAGCGCGGUUCGUUGAUUCGCUGUAUCCUUUAUUCAUUUCCCCUUCUGAAAACACACAGAAACAGGAGCUGUCUUUCCUCGUCUCCUCGUCGCCUCCUCACUCUUCCCUCUCGCUCUGCUCUCCUCAACAUCUCUUCUUCUCUCUCUUCUCUCUCUUCUCUCUCUUCGCUCUUGUCUCUUUUCUUCGCGCUGCACGCCCUCUUUGGGUCUCGCGCGUCUCGCUGCUCCCGCGCUCCACAGGGGAGCAGCCGAGGGGCAAAGGAGAGAACCGAGAGCCUGCGGGAUUAGAGGAGAGAGAAAGGACGCCGGAGAGAAAGGCGACGGGGGAACAGGCAGAACAUUCGCGCAAAUCGAGCAAACAGGCAGCGACGAGCAAAAGACAAAUCUCGCUGAACGGCUUGAAGAUGAAAGGGAAAAAAUGGGGAGACAAGGGAGCAAAGAUGAGGUGUACGCAGUGGGAGAGGAGAGAGAGAAAAGCGGCGCUUCGCGUUUGACGUCUUCCGGUGUCUACACACAGACCUGCGACCGAGAAAAUGGAAAUUCCAGUGCUCUCUGGGCCGCAGAAGCGUCUCUGUCGGCGCAACUUCUCCCAGGUCGCCGACGGCUUUUUCGUCGAGCUCUCCCGAGCUUGCUGUCCGUCGCCUCUCGCGCUGAAUUCGUUUCCUUCGCCUCUCUUCUCGUUGAUGCAUGCGGCCGUCCCCCGCCUUGCUCUGAGGAAGAAGCGACAGAGAAAGAAAGAGAAGGAGAAGGAGAAGAAGCAAAGAAGGAAGCGAAGGCAGAGGCUGGCCGAAAAAACAGCCGCAGUACUCGCGGAGACACACGGGAAGAGACAGAGACAAGCGAGGAGGAAGCGAACGAAGGCAGGAAGGCCUCGGAAAUCCGUCUGUCUCCACACUCCGCAGACGACACUCUCGCUCAUCGAAAAACACAGAUCCUCCCUUCCUCUUCUUCCUCUUUUUCCUGUUUUUCCUCUUCUUCCUGUUUUUCCUCUUCUGUCUCUCGCAGCGCGACCUGGGGCUCUCGCUCGGUGUUGGAAGAGGCAGUGGAGAAGGCGGCGAAGAACGCGCAGUUGCUCGUUGUUGCCGUUCAGCAGGUCCAACGGCGACACCGCGAACUCUGGAAAGAAUGCAUAGAGUGCCUGAUCAACGCACUCCCUUCUCCCGCUUCCUCUUCGUCGUCCUCUUCUUCUUCCUCUUUUUCGUCUUCUUCUUCGUCUUCCUCUUCUUCGCGUUCUUCUUCGUUUGAGCCUGUGCUGUCUUCGUUGCCUCCGCGCUUCGAGAACCAGCUUCUCCUGGUGUUCGUACACCGCACGCUGGCGUCCGACGCAUGUCUGCUUGAGACUGCGACUGUGCAGUUGGCCGGGGGGCGGCGACUGUGGGGAAGAAGGCAGGCGGAGACAGAAGUGUCUCCUGUCUCCUCGCCGCAGUCCCUCUUCGUGGGUGACAGAGGCGAGACAGGGAAGGAAGAAGAAGAUCGACUUUUCUUCGGAGGCGCAGCGGUUAGGAUGACUCUCUUCAACUCCGUCCUCACCUUCGCCGUCGUUGACCUCUUUCGCGACGAAGAGGAAGAAGGAGAGGAAGCAAGCAGUUGCGAGUCUGAAGGAGAAAGAGAAGCAUCAGCGGACGAGGGAAAAGGGAGGAGAACAUGUGAUAGGAAGUUCCAGAAGAGGAAGACCAUUCGCAGGAACAGUCAAAGAAGAAAAGCGAUAAAGGCGCUGCGCUGUCAACAGCUCUGCUCCAUCCUUAAUGGUCUGCAUUUCAAAGUCGACGACAGCUGGCGGCCUGCCGUCUCCAGCCUCCCUCUCCUUGUCGUUGGAGCUCCUCCUCUUCUUCCUCCAGGUCCCGGCGUCCUUCACAUCCCCGUCUUCUCUUCUUCUCAUGCUUCUUCUCCUUCUCCUUCUUCUCCGUCUUCUUCUUGCCUUCCUUGUUCUCAUCCGUUGUUGAUCCCUUCAUCUGGUUCUGCUUCUGUCUCACGUCCGUCGUCGAGAAACGUCUAUUCCUUUUCCGCUCCUUUUUUCCUUCGAGUAAAAGCAGGCGACGCCGCCGCCGAACGAAUGAUUCUCUCGCAAGACUCGCGCGCCCAGGCUGCACUCCAAGAGAGGUGGGGAGCGACUGUCUCGAAGGAAGCCGGAAAAAAGGAACGCUCUGGAAGUAAACGAAAAAAAUGCGCCUGGGCGGAAGGCUCAUGGCCGGUCGAGGUCGUGGACGUAGACGCCCUUCGAACUGCAUGCAGAAAAACUGCGAAUGUUCUUUCGAGAGCUGCGCCAGACGAAGUCAGCCGCGUGAGCGUCGAUCCUCCUCUCCUCGACCUCCCGCCUGUGCGGCCGUACGAACCUCUUCCUUUCUGCGUCUGCAUUUCAAACGAGCAUGCGCUUCUCCCCGCCUCCUACUCCCUUUGGUGCCUAAGCGCCUCAGGUCGUUCCAUUGUCCCUCUAGUCAGCCGGUCUCGUCUGUACUCAGCAGCUGACGGAGGGUCAACUGUUCCUUCUAUUCCGCCUUGUUUCUCUUCUUCCUCUUCUUCCUCUUCUUCUUCCUCUUCUUCUGUCGCAUCGUCUUCGUCUGCGUUUUCUGCUUCCGCAGGCGUCUGCGCUUCUUCUUCUUCCUCUGUUUCCGUCUCCCCUUCGCUUCCCUCCGCCGCGUCCUCGCUGUCUUCCUGGGCGCACAGUGCGACGCUCGCGGCGCGGUCUGUACAGACGGCGGAGUCUCGCGGGUGGUCUGGCGGCUGCGCGCUUCAGUCGCCGUCCACGCAGCAAGUGUUUGGCGAGGCUCGAGUCUCUGCGCGUCUCUCAGCCGCCGAGAGCAGCACGAACAACUUCUCUCGAGAUUCACCAGAAGACGCGAAUGCAUCUGCCGCGUCUGCUCUCUGCUCCCAUCGCCCGGAAGCCUCCGCGCGAGGAGACAGUUCUUGGGGUGUACGUACACCUGCGCGGCGUCCUCCAGACUGGCGCGCAGCCUCCGUCGAAACCGACUCCCGAAGCGCGUCCGCAGAGUCGCAGGAGGAGCUCGGCGUCUCCGCGCAUGCAGCAGCAUCGGGCGUCAGUGCCGACUCGCGGAAGUCCAGCGAAAGGCGAGAGGAGACUCGCUCGACUACGCGUCUCGAGAAGUGGAUCUACGUCGAUCAACCGGAAGGCUACAUUCCUCGGGGGGGGUCGGUGCUUCUGCAUUUGACUCUGAAUGUGCAGGAGACGAUCCUGCAUGCGCAGGACCUUGUGUCCACCGUCCUCGUCGUUCGCCUUGACGACAGUGGCCAAGACCUCUUCUUCUCGCUCUCGACUUCGCUCUUGCCUUCCUUUCUCGGCGCCUCUCUGACAGACCUGCAGCGUUUGGGGUCCAGGCCGAUUCGAGCGUCUCCCCUGCCGCUGCGUGCUCUCUGCCGAGGGCCAGCAGAGCGGCCUCCGGAGGAGCUGAGAGACGCUCAGGGAGGGGAUGUUGAGGAGAAGCAAGAAAGCAGAGAGAGUGGAGGAGAGGAGGCGAGACUUGGUCGAGAAAAACGCGAAGUCGAGCGGAAAUUGCCGGUACCUAAAGAGGCCUGGUGGCUGCUGGUCUACAUCUACGAACGCAUGAAAGAAUGGACAGAGCAAGACAAGCAUACACACACAACACCCCAGCCAGACCGGAGUUGCUAUUCCUCCUCCUGUCCUCCUUGCUCAGCUCGUUCUGCUUCUUCGCUGGCGUCGGGAACGGCGCGUUCGAGUUUCGGCCGCUUCGACUUGGCCUCCUUUCUCUCGAGCCCAAACAGCGUCUCGCUCCGCCGCUCGGCUUAUCUUCGGGGCAACACUGCCUUCUUCCGACGAGACGAGGAGCGGCAACUCUCUCGCUGCGGCUGCGGUGCCUGCCUCUCGCGACAAGACCCUGCGGAGUAUCGAGACGCCGCAGACCGAGCAGCGAACGAAGCAUCCGGGACGGAAAAGAGGACGCAGGACGAGGAGGCGAACGUUGUGGGGCAUCAGGCGGCAGAAGGCGACAGACAGAGGAACGGGGGUGUCUCGACACCGGAAGGAGAGACGUUCGCCUGCUCGUCGACCUCUCCGGCUGCUUCUGUCUCGGCACUGAAGAGCACACGGGGAGAGCGAAGAGAGAGAAAGCUGCGAGAAGAAGCAGAACUGGUUCGCAUGUGCAUCGAGAGCGGCGUCGCGAUCCCCUCAACUGUCUCCAUCGACGCGGCACUAACGGUGCUCGCGAACUGGGGGGCGACAGUGGUGAUUGUGCCUCCCGAAUUCGCCGUCGAAGAAGUGGAGGAAGACGAGCUCCACGUUCUCUGCCGAGCUAUGCUUCUCAGCCUGCCCUCGGUUCAGAGAAAUCUCUUUCUCGCGAUCGUCUCUCUGUGCCGAGAUCUUCUUCGCUUCUCGUGCGACGGCGCGCGGUCGUCGCGGAAGCCACCGGACGGCGGCGGAGAAGACGCAGAGUCGGAGAACCCAGUGGAGACAGAAGAAGGCGAAGAAGAACGCGGAGGCGAAGAAGAACGCGGAGGCAAAGAAGAACGCGGAGGCGAAGAAGAGGAGACCGAUUUGCUGUUGCAUGCACUGAGUGCUUGGUUGGGACGGUGGCUGACGCCCGGGUCGCCGCCGCGAGUAGCUGCUGUCGUUCUGGAGCAUUUUCUGCGUUCUUGAUAAACGUGGAAAAGAGGAGGCGCAGUCGCGAGGAGCUCGCCGUCUUCAGGGGCAUUUGUCGAAACGGCAAGAGACGGGCGAAAGAAGAAAAACGCAAGGGGGAAGCCGAUGAAGGGGGAGUGAAGCAAGACGCAGGACGCAGAGACGGAGUCGCACGACUUCUGCGACUUUCAGCAUCCCCCGAAAUCUCCGCGGACUGUGGUGGCGUGAGUUGCGUCGCUUUUAUUGAAAAGCUGAAACCGAACAGACCUGAGUUUGUGCGGCCGGUCUCCGGUUGAUGCGAGAACAACUUGACGCAUACUGAGACACUAAUUCGCGUUCAUGAACAUGCUCGUCUCUUCGAACCUCCUCGAUGGCCAUCUCGUCGCUUGCCGCCUUUCUCCCUUUCGCUCUCGUCGUCUUCUCGUUCUUCGAUUUCCUCUCUGGUCUCUCCCAUCUCUUUUUCUCCGGGGGUUCCUGUUCUUCUCUCGCUCUCCUUCAGACGGUGCCGCGAUGGCACCGAGUCACGGAAGACGACAAAAGGAAAGAGGAAGAAAGACCGGAAGCAAAGACUUGCUGAACGCUGA